AUGGCCUCUCAUAUUGCACUGUUGGAGCACCAGAAAAUCGGCUUGACGUGGUUACAAAAGAUGGAGGACGGCACUAAUCGUGGCGGCAUUCUGGGCGAUGACAUGGGUUUGGGUAAAACAGUUCAGGCCAUGGCUCUCAUAGUAUCCAGGCCAUGUGGCCCAAUCGACGACCCAGCAACAUUAGUGGUUGCUCCAACGUCGCUUAUCUAUCAAUGGGCCGAGGAGCUGAGGACGAAGACACAACCCGGUCUGUUGAAAGUCCACAUUUAUCAUGGUGGGGGCAAAUUCGCUGACCCAGAACUCAUUCGACGUUACGAUGUUAUCGUCACCACAAUCGGAACACUGGCUGCUGAAAUUGGCGUCAAGGAUGUGAACCCUGCGAAAUCGAAGGCCAUCGGUACUUUGUUCAAGGCACAAUUUCAUCGCGUUGUUAUCGAUGAAGCCCACACGAUCAAAAAUAAGCAUACGAAGAGCUCCAAGGCAUGCGCUCAAAUUGCAGCUACAUACAGAUGGUGUCUUACAGGCACGCCUAUUCAAAAUACUGUUGAUGAGCUGUAUUCUUUGAUUCGGUUUCUCCGCAUCAAGCCAUACUGUGAUUGGGAUGAGUUUCGCAACAAGAUCUCUGCGCCGAUGAAGAAGACGAAACAAUACGGGCCAGCGAUACAACGAGUCCAGGCACUAUUGAAGGCAGUGUGUCUUAGGAGGACAAAGAAGUGCACGGUGGAUGGAAGGCCGAUUUUACAGCUCCCUGAUCGCAACGUGGACAGGGUGGCCACUCCAUUCUCGGACGAAGAACGCGCCUUUUACGCCGCAUUGGAGCAUAGAACAAGGGAACGAUUUAACGCCUACGUGAAAGCUGGAACUGUCAUGAAGAACUACUCCAACAUCCUGGUUCUCUUGCUACGUUUACGGCAGGCUUGUUGCCAUCCUCAUCUCAUCACGGAUUUCGAAAAGGUGGAAAACGAGCAAACGCCGCAAGAUCAAAAGGCCCACGUUGACCAUCUUCUUGACAAUCUGUUGGAGGAUAUUCGUCGUCGUCUGAUUGAACGUGGUAUGGAGGCAGUCGAAUGUCCGAUCUGCAUGGAUGUCGGAGAGGAGAGUGUGAUUCUGAGUGGAUGUGGACAUAUCUACUGCCGUGCCUGCAUUACUGCUCAUUUGAGCCGACACGACGAUGACGAUCGCAAGUGUCCAGAAUGUCGCAGAUUAGCUCCUAUCGAGGACUUAAUUUCUGUCGCCGACUUCAAUGCUCGUUUCAAUCCUACUCCGGAGCCCGUUCCCGAGGAUUUAAAAGGAAAGGGCAAGGCCGUAGUCGAGGAUGGAGAUAUCGAGGGACUGCCUGGGGUUGUAGUACCUGAGGGACUGGAUGAAUGGAUCAGCAGCAGCAAGAUCGAUAAGAUGAUUGAGGUCGUUAGGUCGGUCAUUGCGAAGCGUGAGAAGAUCAUUGUUUUUUCUCAAUUCACGAGCCUCCUCACUCUGAUUGAGAAGCCUUUAUUGGCCGAGAAUAUCAAGUACCUUCGAUAUGACGGUGCGAUGACCGUGGUAGCCAGAAAUGAAGCCGUUCAGAGAAUGUUCAAUGACCCUACUUGCUCCGUCAUGCUUAUCAGCUUGAAAUGCGGAUCUCUUGGACUCAACUUGACCGUGGCGAACCACGUGGUAAUUAUGGAUCCAUGGUGGAACCCAGCAUUGGAAAAUCAAGCAAUUGAUCGCGUCCAUCGAAUUGGACAAACGAAGAACGUGUUUGUUCACCGCCUUUGCAUUCCAGACACUGUGGAGGACAGAAUUUUGGCGCUGCAGGCGAAAAAGCAAGCAUUGGCUAAUGGUGCUCUCGGUGAAGGGGAGGUCCCCAAGCUGGCGAAACUUGGAGUAUGUAUCUCUUUCUAG